GAGUGUGGCAAAAAGAAGCGACUAAUCAUCAUGGUGUCACUAGAAAGAAGACCUAAUGUUCUUAUGUUUCCAUGGUUGGCUUAUGGGCACAUCGUACCAUUUGUCGGACUAGCCAAGAAGCUUUCAGACAAAGGUUUCAUAGUUCACAUUUGUUCCACCGAAAUUAACCUUGUAUCCAUCAAGAAAAUGAUCCCUGAAAACUACUCCAAUUCCAUUACACUUACGAAACUCCUUCUGCCGGCGGCAGACUUCCCGGAGCUCCCCCCUCACUAUCACACCGCCAACGGCCUCCCGUCUCAUCUCUACGGCACUCUCCGAGAUGCCUUCAGAAAGUCCAAACCCUAUUUCGCUAACGUCAUGAAAACCCUCGCCCCCAAUUUGCUGAUAUACGAUUACAUGAAUCUCUGGGCGGAAGGUAUAGCGCACUCGCUUGAUAUCCCCGCCGUCCGUUUCUACAUCUCCAGCGCCGCUUCUUUCUCGUUUUUCUCUCAUUUCGUCAGAAACGCUCCCGGCGUCGCAUUCCCCUUCCCGGCGGUCUAUUUCAAGCCCCACGAGUUAUCGUUAAUGCACGAAAUGAAGGGCAACGUUAAGGGCGACGAGAAAGAUCCCGAUGAAAACUGGACGGCGCCACAGAAAGCGGUGCUGGUGAGUACUUCAAGUGAAAUCGAGGCGAAGUACAUCGGCUAUAUGUCGGAGCUGAUCAACUGCAAGGUGGUGCCGGUGCCGGUAGCCUCCAUAGUCGAAGUUCCCGGCGGCGGCGACGACGACGCCGAGAUCCUGGAUUGGCUCGGGAAGAAGAGCGAGAGGUCCACGGUACUAGUCUCGUUCGGAAGCGAAUACUUUCUGAGCGAGGAAGAAAUUGCAGAGAUCGCGCACGGGCUUGAGCUCAGCAACGUGAACUUCAUAUGGGUGCUGAGAUUCCGAAAAGGAGAAGAGCUAACCGCCGAGAAGGCGCUCCCUCAUGGCUACCUCGACAGGGUUAAGGAAAAAGGAAGAGUAAUAGAAGGAUGGGCGCCGCAGGCUAAGAUCCUUAACCAUCCUAGUAUCGGCGGAUUUGUUAGCCAGUGCGGUUGGAAUUCCGCUCUGGAAAGCAUCAAUUUCGGCGUUCCGAUCAUCGCCCUGCCGGGGUUCCUCGAGCAGCCGUUGAACGCGCGGUGUCUGGUUGACAAGGGAGUGGCUGUCGAGAUCGAGAGAGACAACGGCGGUAAGCUCCGGGGGGAAGAAUUGGCCCGCGUUGUGGGAGAGGUGAUGGGUGCAGGGAAACGUGGGGAGACAUUGAAGAGGAAUAUGAAGAAGACGAGUGAGGAUUUGAAGUUAAUGAGGGAGGAAGAGAUAGAUGCAGCUGUUCAAGAGUUGGAAAAACUCUGCAAUUAAUUUGCAAGCAUGCAUUCAUGGACAUAUUAUGUAUAAGUAAUUUAA